AGGAGAAUAUAGCUGCUGUUUGCAUAGGUGCUCAGUGGGAAUGGGGGGUAGGGUACGAAGCAAACACUAGCUAAAGGCUCAGGAUCUAGUCUCAGCUAGACUGACCCGCCAUUACCCAAUCCUGCUCCGCGCAGGACUUGGGACUCUGUACCUCCUGCCCAUCCCACUCAUCUGACCCUUGUUGUGAAAGAGCCAAUGUGGAGCCAAGCAUGACCUCUGACCCGCUUGCUGUCUCUAUAUUAACUUUGUGUAAGUGCUUGUGUUUCUGGCACACGUCUACCCCUGCCUCUGCCAGAGGGAGAGAGCGAGUAUCAAAGGGUUUAAUUGUGCCUCCAGCUGGUUUCUGAGGGUACUGCCUUGAGCUUGUGCUGCAAACCAUGCUUCUGUCCAAGGCUUUGGCGGUGACUCUGAUUCUGCUCCUCAGCACCAGUCUCUCUGAAGUGGGUGCUAAGGCAAUCUCAAAGAGACACGUUCGUCGUGACUGGCUGAUCAUACCGGAUUCAAUUGCAUUUUACAUGUAUGAAUCUGUGAACAAAGUGUCCCCGAAAGCUGGUCAGUUCUUGGCAGAUGCUGUUCAGACUCCAGUAAUCCUUGAGAUCAGGAACUUCCUGAUGAAGGAGACCUCUAAAAUCAGUGUGCUGGCAGAACAGCUGAUGGAAAAAUUAACAGGUCUGUGGAAGAAGAAAGAGGAAGCCUCAGCCCAGCAGUAGAACUGAGAUAAGGCCACUUGACAUGAGUAAUUAGAAUGUGCAGCGUCCCUUAUCCUCAUGAAGUGAGAUCAGCUACUACCAUAGAAUUGUUGUCCCUGAUGAUGUCACUAGAAGGGGUGAGAAUACCAGCUUCAAAGAGCAGAGAACCUGUCUCCAGGGGUGGGGAGGGAUGCACUAUCAAAGUAGCUGCUGGAUGUGGGAAAGGGAAUAGAAGGAAGACCGAUUCUGUAGUUGAAUCUUGAAACCUAAUUUCGCCUUCAACAAUUUGUUGACCUUCCACCUCACCCCAAUAAA